UAGCCUUUUCCCCGUGCCGCUCACAAACGGUUCGGAUACUAUGGGCACACCAAGAGUAGCCAUACUGAAUUUCACCACACUUCUUUAGCCAGUGUCGCAGUAACUCUCAUACGGAAUGGAUCGUUUACGCUUGGCAAACACACAUUCGAUAAUGGAGAGAACUUUGUGGAUUGGCCUGUGGGGCCUUCUGUUGUCCUGCAGCAUUGUCAACGGUGUACCAUACUCGAAAUAUGGCAGAACGUGCAAGGAUAUUGGCUGUAUGAGCAAUGAAGUUUGCGUAAUGGCUGAGGAUCCCUGCACAUUCAGAAACGAUAAGUGUGGGUACUAUCCAACGUGCACAAAACGUAGCGAUGCAGAAGCCCAGAGCUGUGCGAGCAGAGUCUGCCCAAGCGGACAAUACUGCAAGACUAUUAAUGGACAUGCUACCUGUGUUAAUACAAACUCCAAUCUUGUUUUGGACAUAUUUGCAGAGGACGAAGGUGUGCACAAGGAUAUGCCACGGAGACAGAGUUCUGGGAGUUCGUCGGGAUAUCCUAGUUCAGGGGGAGAUACGCCAGUUCCGUCUGCUCCGUUGGAGUCCUCUGCUGGGGGAUAUCCCUUAGGGUCUGAAAAAUCUAGGUCCAGCGGGUAUCCGGCAACAAGUAGUUCAGGUUAUCCAGCAAGUUCGGGUUACCCAUCGUCAGGCAGUUCAGGAUAUCCAGCGGGUUCGGGUUACCCCUCGUCAGGUAGUUCAGGAUAUCCCGCGGGCUCGGGUUACCCAUCGUCAGGGAGGUCAGGGUAUCCAGCAAGCUCGGGUUAUCCGUCUUCAGGGAGCUCAGGGUAUCCAGCAAGUUCAGGCUAUCCAUCAAGCUCUGGUUACCCAUCGUCAGGUAGUUCAGGAUAUCCAGCGGGUUCGGGUUAUCCGUCGUCAGGUAGUUCAGGAUAUCCAGCGGGUUCGGGUUACCCAUCGUCAGGGAGGUCAGGGUAUCCAGCAAGCUCGGGUUAUCCGUCGUCAGGUAGUUCAGGAUAUCCCGCAGGUUCAGGAUAUUCUUCAGACACUGCACGCCGUACAAGUGCCACUAAUGUAAAUGCAGGGUAUCCCAGUUCAGGACAGUACCCACAAGGGGGUUAUGGGCAGGGGUAUCCUCAGGGAGGGUAUGGACAGGGAUAUCCUCAGGGUGGAUAUGGGCGGGGAUAUCCUCAUGGUGGCUAUGGGCAGGGAUAUCCUCAAGGUGGCUAUGGGCAAACUUAUCCUCGAGGGGGAUAUGGCUACCCGGGGGGUGUCCAGGGUCAGUAUCCUCAGGGGGGAGGAUAUCCUCAGAAUGGACAAUACGGGGAGCAGAACAAACCUAGCAUUGGCGAUAGACUGAAGGAUUUGGGGACGAACUUAGCUCGGCAAGUUCUCACACAAGUUAUCAGAGACAAAAUUACUGGCAAAUCUUAGAUGAUUGGGACUAUGAAAAUAAAGAGUUGUAGAUAAUGAAUACUAAUAUUCCCUGAACAAAAGAGAAUUUAAUUCCACUUGGAUGAUAAUGAUAAGUGAGUUAUGUAUAAUAAAGAAAUUUUUUUCUCGUC